UUGCAGGAUGUAGUGUCUGAAAACCGUUUACAGCAGUCCUUAUCCACGCCGUGUCCUCGAGAAGAUGAGAAGCCGCGAAAAGAUUCCGAGUAUAGGCGAUUUAAGUCGGAAGGUUCGGCUGUCGGAGCGCUGCCUGCAGGACCGGAGUUGGACGUCGCCAUCGACGACCUUUCGCCCAUUGCUGACACCCGUACAACAUCACCUCAUCGCUUCAACCUUAUUGCUGUGGAAGCAAAUCAAAUGUUCCACACAUCGUUUAUGACGGCUAAUCGACUGGCUUUUCAGCAAGACUCCGUGGUGAAUGGUGGUCCAAUCACGAAGCACUCCAACACGGAGCAGGUGCUGAUGAUGCACACCCUGAAGACGAAGACAUCCAAGUACCAGUCGUUCAUCGACAAAGCUUUCCAAAACAUCAUGCAAGCCACCGACGAACAAAUAAUCGAGGCACUUGGACCUCAAUGCAGAACCAAAGGAUGUACAAUUGUGGCAAAAGUAAUGACAAAGUCAUGGAUGAUCCCGAAGGUGUCCCACGAUCUGUCGUUCGCCCUUUGCGACUACCUCAGGGAAAAGAUGUACCUCGACGCUCUCAUCAAACUCUUCAUCGGAUCCACGACUUGUGAGCCAGUGCGCUUGGCUUGUGGUCGAGUUUUGGAGGAGUGCAUGUCGCUGAACAAUCGCGAAUAUAUCGUCAAUAAGGGUUGGUUGAAGAAGAUCGUAUCGGUGGCGAUGAAGCUGAAUAAGAAUGCUGAACAGCAACGAAUGAGUCUCAGCAUCAUAGAAAGCAUGUUCAAGCAUAGCUCGAGCACAUCGUUGAAGCUGAUCGAAUACGGUGUUCUGGACCACAUCAUCAUCACCAGCAAAAGAGCCAUGGACACUCCGACCACACUUCGCCAUGCCGCCCUUGGGCUUGCUAAUCUCACCCUUUACACCUGUUCAGAGGGAAAGAAGAAGAUCAUACAAAAAAAGCUGCCCGAAUGGUUGUUCCUUCUGGUGAAUCAAGACGAUGACCUCACUAGAUAUUAUGCCAGUUUGGCAAUUUGUAUGCUUGCUAGUAUAAAGGAAUUUGAAUCAGCUGUGAUGAAAUCGGACACGUUGAAGUUGGUAGAGCCGUUUCUUCUGGCACACGACGCCACCACUUUCGCCGGUGACCAUUACAAGCAUUCCCAAGGGCGUCCAAAAGAGUGGCUCAGUCGACUUCUUCCAAUGCUCAAGUCGAUGCGACGAGAGGCGAAGAGUAUGGCCGCAUUUCAUUUUGCUAUGGAAGCCGCGAUCAAAAAAGAUCAAAACAAGCUUGACGUCUUCCAGGUUCCAGCAACUGAUGCGGCUGAACUGCCAUCGAUGGUUUGCACAGCUGUCAAGCUGACCAAUGAAAGGAGCGCGACAGUUCCCGCACGCGAAAGUGGUUUUUAUGUAGAAGUCCAUGAGAUCGGUGCAAUUGAUGCUCUGAAGGAGGUGGCAUCGUCACCUGAUGAGGUCGCAGCCAACUUCAUAAUAAAGAAACAAGCGUCGUCGACUGUCUUCGACAUUUUUCAGAUAGGCUUUGAAGAUUAUGUGGACCAUUUCGCUAAGCAGAUGGUCGACGGCGAUAUUCUUUUACACCUGAAUGAGAGGGAACUUGAGCGCGACAUCGGCAUGUCUUCUGGUCUUCAUCGAAAACGCUUUAUUCGUGAACUAGAGAGCCUCAAGAUUGCUGCAGACUACUCCGCGGUAGACGAGAGUAACCUUGAUCAGCUACUCAUGUCCCUAAGUCCAGAAUUAUCUGUGUACACUUAUAAGAUGCUGUCUUGUGGAAUCAACCGAUCCUUGCUUGGAUCACUGACGGAUGAGCUCAUGCAGACGGCUUGUGGAAUCACAAACCCGAUUCAUCGACUCAAGAUGACCCAAGCUUUCCAAAACGCCAAGCAUCCUGAUGAGGUCGAAUUAGCCGUGCUCAGUAAACAGAUCGACGUUUUUAUCAGCUACCGAAGAAGCACUGGAAAUCAACUUGCCAGCCUUAUCAAGGUGUUACUGCAGCUGAAAGGCUACAAAGUGUUUAUUGACGUGGAUAAGUUGUAUGCAGGAAAAUUUGACUCAUCGCUACUAAAGAACAUUCAAGCAGCUAAGCACUUCAUUCUUGUCCUUACACCAAACUCCCUUGAUCGGCUUUUGAACGAUCAUAAUGGUGACGACUGGAUUCACAAGGAGUUGAAAUGUGCUUUCGAAUAUCAAAAGAACAUCAUUCCGAUCUUCGACCAAGCAUUUGAAUUCCCGCAGAAUGAGGAACAAAUCCCUCAAGAUAUUCGAAUGAUCACUAAGUACAAUGGAGUGAAAUGGGUUCAUGACUACCAGGACGCUUGCAUGGGCAAAGUUGUGCGGUUUAUCGAGGGUGAACUGAAUCGAACGCCUAGCUUGUCCGCUGCGCCCAAUUCGGGUCCUCAAAACCGACGAGUGGGUGGCGCACGGUCUGCGGCUAUACAGUCGGGUAUUCGUCAGACAUCAACGACAAGCCAAAGGGUCAGUAGUCGUGUCGGGGAACAUCCACCAUCCAUGCCGUCAAGUAAGUAA